AAGCAUAUAUCUAUAUAUAACUUAUCGAGGACAUCCUUAGAUAGAAAUUAUUGAGCACAAGGAUUAGGGUAGAAGGUUAAUAGGUACUUGAGUGUAGUUUCGUUAUCCCGGCAUAUUAGUAGUCAUAGCAUUACUCAUGUAAGUUCUUGUUCAUUAGAUUUCUAUUACGAUAUAUUAUCCUUUAUAAUUCGUUUAUCGUAUUAUUUGGUUGUAGCUACUGUUCUUUUUCAGUAUUCUUUGUCAUAUCUUGUGUGAUAUUUCUGUUAUUUUCUUGAGUUGAACUGAGGGUCUAGCACUAACAGAGUAAAGAUAUGUAUGCAUACUAUCCUUCCAAAUCCCGCUCGGACUUUUAACUUCCAAAAGUAGAGAUAAGAUGUGUACAUACUAUCCUUCCAAAUCCCGCUCGAAUUAGACUGAAUGUGUUGUUGUAGCAUGCAUUUGUAACUUGGAAACUGUUUUAAAGUUAUUGCAUCCUGUUCUAAUCACUUGACAAGGAAUCUCUCAUUACUACUAGUCUACUACUAUAUGUUUUAUGUCAGCUCGUUAUAAUGAUAUACAUUAACUUCCAAUCUUGACACGACUUGCUCCUAAAAACUAGAGAAACAGUCUUUUGAUGCUUCUCUUUGCCAAAAGAAGAUUCAUAUCAAGCAAAACUCAUGAAAAUGGAACAUCAUCUCAAGUCAUGCACUCGAAACAAGAACAAAAUGUCAACCAUAAAAUUCAUCAGUAUCUUCCUUUUCACCUUGUUUCUAGUUGUCAUCCUUUUCCAUAUCCAGUAUUCAUCCCCUUUUGAUUUCUCCUUAUCAGCAAGGUCCCAAAGACAGAUUUUUCUUUCCCAAGAAAAUUACUCCGUUGUAAUCAAAAGUAUGACUGCAAAACUCAAAGAUUCUCUCACUUUCCUCCCACUCAAGGACCUUAGAUUUAGAGAAACAGCCACAACAGGACACACGUGGUUUAUGAGCUCUUUGAACGACACACACAAGGAAAAUGAAGCAGAACACUUGUAUUUCCCUUCCAAGGCUUCCAAAGGACGCCUUCUUUGCUUUAAGGGACGGGAUACAAAGGAUGGAACAAAGAAUACAUAUGCUUUGGCAUGGCGAGAAGGUCUUCCUGACUCUGCUGUUCUAUUGGAAGGCCUAACAUUUGUAUCGGACACAUACUUCGACCACACAAAUCUGUGGCAUGGAUUAUGUGCAGUGGCUCCUUUUGUAAGAUGGUCAACGAAAAACGAGUGCUUGAAGCCAACAAGAUGGGUGCUAUUCCAUUGGGGAGAACUGAGAUUGAAAAUGGGAUCAUGGAUUCAACAACUUAUGCAAGCUAAUUUUGGGGAAGUUAAGUUGGAAGGAUUUGAUAGAGGAGAUGUACCUUAUUGUUUCGAGAAAGCUGUUGUCAUGAGGCACGAGAUAAGUAAAAUGGGACAGGAGAAUAAGCUGAAGAUGUUCGACCUGUUGCGCUGCAAAGCUAGGAGUUACUGUGGUAUUAAUCCUGCAGGCAAAGGUAGAGAGAUUAAUGAAAGAGGAGUUUCAAUUAUAAGACUUACAUUGUUAAUGAGAAGAGGUUCCCGCACAUUCAAGAAUGCAACUAUUGUGACUGAUAUAUUUGCAAAGGAAUGUGCAAGAGUCGAAGGCUGCAUUCUGCGUGUAGUCCAGUCAGAAGAUCUAUCUUUCUGUGACCAGGUGAAAGUGCUGACCAACACUGACAUUGUUGCAUCUCCGGUUGGAGCACAGUUAACGAAUAUGCUCUUCAUGGACCGCGAGAGCAGUGUGAUGCAAUUCUACCCGAAAGGAUGGUUAGAGUAUGCUGGCUCAGGCCAAUAUGCUUACCACUGGAUGGCAAAUCAAUCAGGGAUGAAACAUCAGGGUGCAUGGUGGGAUCCGAUUGGCGAAGAGUGCCCAUCCCCACAAGAUCAGUGGCAGUGCUUUUCUUUUCAUAAAGACGGAAUGGUUGGACACAACGAGACCCAUUUUGCAGAAUGGGCUCGAAGAGUCAUAGAUCAAGUUAGGCUAAUUAAAAUGGAGCAAGCCUCUGCAGAUCAAGCAAACAAGCAUGAUUCAAAAACAUGUUUAUGCUAGCUUACUGUUGAAGUAUUGAAGAGCAACAUUAAAGGUAGAUUUGAUAAGAGUUGAAAUCAAAUGUAUAAACUGUUUUGCCAGACAUCAUCAUUUGCAAAACGGGCUCCUGUUUUAAGAAAUGAAAUACUGAACAUCCUUCAUUGCAGAAUAAUCACAGGUUUCUUAGAUGAACACACAAACACAAAAAUCAUUUGUCAUAUAGCAAGUACUAGAAAGAAAAAUAAAAGCUAAAAGAAAAAAGAUAAACUAGUACUCGGUGCCCCAUCUACAGACAAGGAAACUUUACAUUAGAGUAAUAUCGGAGUUUCUACAGUUUGCAUCCUGCUUAGAAUUUGUACGAUGCCUUUUGUGUGUUCCUCUCUUCCUCAUCAAAACUUAGACCAGAAAACAGAAUACAGCACAGAAAGAAAGGAUUGCCCUAUCUCCGUGAAAGUCGGACAACAAGUAUAUAUCACAAAGGAGCAAAAUAGUAAAAAAAGAACAACUUGCAUCACAUGGUUUGAUCCUUUCUGAAUGAUGCUCCUCUUAAACUGUCUCAUGUUGUUCUACACCCCUGUUGA